AUGGCGGCGGCGGAGGCAGGAACGGUUGUAGGUCGGCGAUUUAGCCACCUAAGGACCAAUGAGAGUGGAGGAGUGAUAAAGUAUAAGCCAAUAGAAGCCAGGGAUUGGGUUCGAUCGGUAGCGGGAGCGGAGAGCGGACCCCAGAGAGCCCUGAGCAGCCCCACCGCCGCCGCCGGCCUAGUUACCAUCACACCCCGGGAGGAGCCGCAGCUGCAGCAGCCGGCCCCAGUCACCAUCACCGCAACCAUGAGCAGCGAGGCCGAGACCCAGCAGCCGCCCGCCGCCCCCACUGCCUUUGUAUCUAAAAGCUUUCCAGGUGUGUUAGGAUUGAACAUAAACACCGAGAAUAUCUGCUCUAUCUGCAGUUCAUCUAGAAGGCCCCCGCGGACCCCGUGCGGCCUUGGGCCCCUCCCCCUGCCGCCGCGUGCGCUCGGGCCCGCACGCCGUUGUUCCCGUCCCCCACCCCCCGCUCCCUUCCGCGUGUACCCUGAGAGCGCGGCGCGCCGCCUACGCAGGCCGGAGUGGGCCGGGGCUGCUUCCCCUUCCCUCACGUGCUCUUCGCCCGCGGCCUGCGCACACGCCCAUCUUGGGCCCGCGCCCCGGGCCUGCCUGGGGGCGCCCGGCGGCUUCGAAUUCACCCACGUGUGCGGCGAGGGCGCCGUCGAGGUCCCCGCGCGGCCCUGCACACGGGCGCUCGAGAAAAAGGGCUGUCAGGUGGCUGCGGCCCUGACCUGGGAGCGAUUAUCUGGUAAUCGUGAGUUGUUUUGUUUUCCAGCAACGAAGGUUUUGGGAACAGUAAAAUGGUUCAAUGUAAGAAACGGAUAUGGUUUCAUCAACAGGAAUGACACCAAGGAAGAUGUGUUUGUACACCAGACUGCCAUAAAGAAGAAUAACCCCAGGAAGUACCUUCGCAGUGUAGGAGAUGGAGAGACUGUGGAGUUUGAUGUUGUUGAAGGAGAAAAGGGUGCGGAGGCAGCAAAUGUUACAGGCCCUGGUGGAGUUCCAGUUCAAGGCAGUAAAUACGCAGCAGACCGUAACCAUUAUAGACGCUAUCCACGUCGUAGGGGUCCUCCACGCAAUUACCAGCAGAAUUACCAGAAUAGUGAGAGUGGGGAAAAGAAUGAGGGAUCGGAGAGCGCUCCCGAAGGCCAGGCCCAACAACGCCGGCCCUACCGCAGGCGAAGGUUCCCCCCUUACUACAUGCGGAGACCCUAUGGGCGUCGACCACAGUAUUCCAACCCACCUGUGCAGGGAGAAGUCAUGGAGGGUGCUGACAACCAGGGUGCAGGAGAACAAGGUAGACCAGUGAGACAGAAUAUGUAUCGAGGUUAUAGACCACGAUUCCGUAGGGGACCUCCUCGCCAAAGACAGCCUAGAGAGGACGGCAAUGAAGAGGAUAAGGAAAAUCAAGGAGAUGAGACCCAAGGUCAGCAGCCACCUCAACGUCGGUACCGCCGCAACUUCAAUUACCGACGCAGACGCCCAGAAAACCCUAAACCACAAGAUGGCAAAGAGACAAAAGCAGCCGAUCCACCAGCUGAGAAUUCGUCCGCUCCCGAGGCUGAGCAGGGCGGGGCUGAGUAAAUGCCGGCUUAACAUCUCUACCAUCAUCCGGUUUAGUCAUCCAACAAGAAGAAAUGAAUAUGAAAUUCCAGCAAUAAGAAAUGAACAAAAGAUUGGAGCUGAAGACCUUAAGUGCUUGCUUUUUGCCUGUUGACCAGAUAACUAGAACUAUCUGCAUUAUCUAUGCAGCAUGGGGUUUUUAUUAUUUUUACCUAAAAACGUCUCUUUUUGGUAAUGACAAACGUGUUUUUUAAAAAAGCCUGGUUUUUCUCAAUAUACCUUUAAAGGUUUUUAAAUUGUUUCAUAUCUGGUCAAGUUGAGAUUUUUAAGAACUUCAUUUUUAAUUUGUAAUAAAAGUUUACAACUUGAUUUUUUCAAAAAAGUCUACAAACUGCAAGCACCUGUUAAUAAAGGUCUUAAAUGAU